AUGGAGGCCACAAACAGACCAGGCGGUAGGGGGCCUCAGAACAGGCCCGGGAACAGGCCAGUCAGCAGGGGCGGGUAUAUGGCGGCCAAUCGUGGUGGGAAUAAUGCGGCCUACCGUGGCGCCAACCAGUCGGCGAAUCGGGCCGCAAACGGGGUCGGAAGGGUGACCCAUAGUGAGACCGCACGGGUCACCCAGAGUGAGACCACAAAGGUGACCGCAAAAGAGAGCGAGAAGAAACCCAUGGAUAAUGCCGCCAACCAGGGGAGGAAUAACACGGCAAACGGGAUUGAGAAGAGGGCCUCAACCGAACCAGAGAAAAAAAUCCCACAUGAGACUGAAAAGGCUACAAGUCAGCUCGCGAACCAGGCCAUAAAUGGAGGCGUGAAGGAGACGCCUAAUAAGUUAGCCGAUAAGGUGGCAAGGGGACCCCCUAAUAGGGAUGCUAGCAAGGCUGCGGAUGGUUAUAAUAAAUAUAGUAAUAAUAGUAAUAAUAGUAAUAGUAGUAAUAGUAGUAAUUGUAAUAAUAGUGGAAGCCAGGACGGCAUCCUGAAGACGGGAUCCUUCGUCAGUCGAGACGGACUGGAGCUGAAGACCUACGAGUGGGUGGUGGAUAAGCCAGUCGGAAUCAUAAUACUAGUGCAUGCCCUAAACUCCCAUGUGAGAUUCGAAUACCUAAAGCUCAAUGCCAUCAUAGAGAGCAAGGAAAAGGCCACUCUUGUCGAUGCGAACAAUUAUUACAUCUAUAAGGAUAGCUGGAUUGAGCAAUUCAACAAAAGUGGAUACUCAGUCUAUGGCCUAGACAUGAGGGGACAUGGACAAUCAGGGUGCGUCAAAAAUGUGAAGACUCACGUAAAUGCCUUUCAAGAUUUAGUGUACGACGUGCUGGAAUAUGCCAAUAUUGUAUACGACUCAUUAUCCACAGAGGGGAAAAAGAAGAAGAAAGAAAACAUAACAUCACAUGGUGGGGGUGUUAAAACUUCUAGUGAUACCGCAUCCUCCGUUGCGUCAACCUCCGAUUAUGAUGGUAACAUCCCACAGGGAAGUCAUGUCUCUCCAGGAAAGAAUCCAUACAGUGGGAAACAACAACCCCCCCCCAGUGGUGUGAACAAUAUCAGCAAGAAUGACGUUCCUCCCUUCUACUUCAUGGGUCUAUCCAUGGGAGGAAAUAUCGUUCUCAGAAUAUUACAAUUGAGGGAAAAAAAAGGAGAUGAAUCGAUUAAGCGAUUGAACAUUAAGGGAGUGAUUACUUUAGCGGGCAUGAUUUCUCUGGAUGACCUGAAGAAAAAGCCAGAAUAUAAAUACUUCUACGUUCCUAUGGCGAAGCUUGCAUCCGCGCUUCUCCCCACCAAGAGACUGGCCCCUCUGCUGAAGCUUGAGAUGUUCCCUUACAUUAAUGACCUCUUUAGGUUUGACCCCCACUGUUACAACAAGCCGAUAACCAACCGAUUGGGAAAUGAACUUUUAAAGGCAGUCGAUAGCUUACACAAUGAUAUCAGGUUCAUUCCGGAAGACGUCCAAAUUCUGAUUAUCCACUCUGUACGGGACAGCGCUUGCUCCUACACUGGAGUGUCCAAAUUUUUUAACACCAUUCAGACGAAGAACAAGGAGUUGUUUACUCUUCAUGACAUGGACCAUAUUCUUCCUCAGGAGCCGGGGAAUGAGAGAAUUCUGAAGAAGGUUAUCGACUGGCUGGCUCAUCUGCAGUGCGCUAAGGGGUAA